AUGUCCCUCAAAGCCGCCAACACAAAAUACCUCCAAUAUCUCGUGGCGUAUCCGCUCUUGACCAAAUCUGUGACCGCGGGGGUUCUUGCAGGGUUAAAUGAGACAAUUUCCACCGGGCUUUCAGGAGAGUACCGUGAAACCACCAUCGCUGGACGCAAGGUGAAACAUGUUUUCAGUCCGAAAAUCUUGACUAUGAUAGUCUAUGGCGCUUUAAUCGUCACCCCGAUCUCGCACAACAUGUACGCGGUCUUGAAUCAAGUUUUCAAGGGCCCCAACUUGUCGAAGAAAAUGAAGAUUCUUCAGAUUUUGACGUCGUUGUCCACUAUUACGCCCACAUUGGCGGCUAUAUUUACUGCGUGGGUGUCAAUUAUCAACGUUUAUCGGCCACCAAAAGACUUAGCCAUCGAUCCAGUGACCGAGCUCAAGAAGAUCGCAACCAUUGUGAAGGGAGGUUUGAAGAACGGAUACAAACGGGUCCUCAAGACGUCGUUGGUCACGUCGGGUAUUCUGUUGGUGAUUGCACAAUCGUUUAUUCCUCCUCAAUUGUGGGUGGUAUUCUUCAACUUGGUAUACUUUUUUAUGGGAACGUACCAGAACACCAAAUUGAAGUUACAGACCAGAAAUUUGAAGGAAAAGAAGGACGAGUAG